AACAUGGGCAGCCUUUGAUGGCGCGGGGCAGCAUCCCCUUUAAGCAUUUGCGAGCUGCUUUCUAUACCGAAGACGGAGAUCAGUAUGUCGUUUUUAACAAAUAUCUCCUUCUUAAGAUAAAGAUAAAGAUAAAAAUAAAGAUAAAAAACAUACACGCCUCUUUCGUACACUCACUCGUUCUCCCUUUUUCUCUCCCAAAUUUAGAUGAUCUCUCUUUCUUUCAUUUUCCUUCCUCUGCACUUUCCCGGGAAACUAAAGAAAAUUUCCCCUAUUAGAUUGACAUGUCAGACGCUUUGAUAAAUGGACUCGCCGGAGCCGGCGGCGGGAUCAUAGCUCAGCUUAUCACAUAUCCUCUUCUAACUGUAAAUACUCGGCAACAAACGGAGCGUGAUGUGAAAAGGCAGAAGAGGAAGCAUGGAACUAUUGAGCAAAUGUGUCAGAAUGAAGGAUGGGGACGAUUGUAUAGCGGAUUAGCGCCAUCAGUAGUAGGCACAGCUUGUUCUCAGGGUGUUUACUAUUAUUUCUAUCAAGUAUUCAGGGAUAGAGCUGAAGCUAUAGCUCGUGAACAGAAGAUGAAUGGAAUUGGUGAUGGAUCAGUUGGGAUGUUGUCAUCUCUUGUGGUGGCUGCCUUAGCUGGGGUUGUACCAGCUGCAACUAUGCAUCAUGUUCACCCCAGUCAAUCUGGUACAAAUGUGCUGCUGACAAAUCCCAUAUGGGUAGUUGUCACACGUAUGCAGACUCAUAGGAAGAACUCAAAGAAGUCUCAGCUUAGUCACUCAUCCAUUGCCCCAGCUGAGAAAGUAUUAGAUCCAAUAGAACCUCAUCCAUAUGGAACUGGCCACGCGACUCAAGAACUCUAUGAUGAAGCAGGAAUUUGGGGCUUUUGGAAAGGUGUUUUCCCAACAUUAAUCAUGGUCAGCAACCCUUCAAUACAAUUCAUGCUGUAUGAAACUAUGUUGAAGAAGUUGAAGACAAAGUGUGUCUUGGUUAAGCAGGGUGACACCGGAGUUAGUGCUUUGGAGAUAUUUCUUCUUGGAGCUUUAGCAAAGCUUGGAGCUACUGUUGUAACAUAUCCUCUUCUAGUGGUAAAGUCGAGGCUUCUAGCAAAACAAAUUACAACUGGAGACAAAAGACAUCACUAUGAAGGUACAUUGGACGCUAUCCUUAAGAUGAUUCGCUAUGAAGGGUUCCAUGGGUUCUAUAAAGGCAUGAGCAUGAAAAUUGUGCAAAGUGUUCUUGCCGCCGCUGUUCUGUUCAUGAUUAAGGAAGAACUUGUCAGGGUGCUCCAUUUUUGCUGACCAAGGGUGGCACUAGUACAAGGAAAACAAGGCCUCCCUGAAUGGAGCCUCGUCAUUACAUUCCUUCUCCUUAUGAUUGUUUCUUUGAUGUAGUCAAAUUUUCAUUUAGCUGGAUGUUAGCAUUACUACAUAAGUUAUUGAAACCACAAGAGGGGAGGGGAAUGCUGCUAGCUUCACCCAUCAUCAUUGAAAAUAAUCCAUAAUAUAGGCAAGUUUAUAAACUUGAAUUUUAGGUUUGUUUGAUAUGAUUUUUGCAAAAUGAUUUAAGUUGUUUUUUA